AUACUGAUUAAAAAAUGACUGUGCCUUUAGUCCUACUCUGUUUCCUGUUAGUGAUCUAAAGUACGAGGUGGCUACCAGCAGAGAGGUAUUCAUACUGCGUUGUUAAGAGAGAGGAAACAAGAUGGCGACGAGGCUGCAGCUUUAACAACGAGCUCCUGCAAAAAGGUUCUCUACUUCUAAAUCCACAUAGCCUUUAAAACUUUAAGAACUACUUGCAAUAUAAGACGGUACAACUCCCUUCUGGAGUAUUCUUGGAUAACAGCUAAAGCUGCAACUAACUCCUUGUGUUAUGAGGAAAAGGAAGAAGCGACAAAGAAUACCCUCUGCAAGGCAACCUUCAGCAAAGCCGCUGAAGCAACAGAAGGACAGAAUGGCAAAAAGGGUAGCCAUCAUAGGAGCUGGGGUCAGUGGCCUUACUGCCAUUAAAUGCUGUUUGGAUGAGGGUCUUCAGCCAACGUGUUUUGAGAGAAGUGAAGAUAUAGGGGGACUGUGGAGAUUCCAGGAACAUGUCACUGAAGGCCACAGCAGCAUUUACAAAUCGUUGACUACAAAUAGUUCAAAGGAGAUGAUGAGUUUCAGUGAUUUCCCUAUUCCUGAGGAAUACCCAAACUACAUGCAUCAUAGUAAAAUGAUGGAGUACUUUAGGAUGUACGCAAAGCAGUUUGACUUGCUUAGGUACAUACAUUUCAAGGCUCGAGUUUGCCAUUUAAGGAAACACACGGAUUUCCCCAUCACUGGACAGUGGGAAAUUGUAACAGAAGUGAAUGGGAAGCAGGAAUCAGCUGUCUUUGAUGCUGUUCUGAUUUGCACAGGCCUCCACGUGCACCCUUAUUUUCCUCUGGAUUCAUUUUUAGGUUUUGAGAAAUUUAAGGGGAAAAUUAUUCACAGUUGGACAUAUAAGAAUCCUGAAAAGUUCGAAGACCAGCGAAUCCUCAUCAUAGGCUUGGGAAAUUCUGGAGUAGAGAUUGCCAUCGACCUCAGCCAUAUCACAAAGCAGAUCUUUCUGAGCACUAGAACAGGUGCUUGGGUGAUCAGUCGGGUCUCUGAUGGCGGAUACCCUUUAGAUAUAGCACAUUUUACACGUUUCAAAAAUCUCCUUUACCAUAUACUUCCUGUGGCUCUGGUAAACCGAUGGGGAGAGAAGAAGCUGAAUAUGAGGUUUAACCAUGAGAACUAUGGUGUAAAGCCCCAGCACAGGUUCCUUAGUAAGACCCCAGUUAUGGGUGAUGAUCUACCAAAUGCUAUAAUUGCUGGCAGGGUGCUAAUAAAACCACAUGUGAAGAAGUUCACUGAAAGAGGUGUGAUCUUUGAAGAUGGCAGCACAGAGGAAAACAUCGAUGUGGUAAUUUUUGCUACAGGAUACAACUUCUCCUUUCCUUUCACUCAGGACACUGUACUCAGGACACAAACAAAUAAAAUCUCACUAUAUAAAUAUGUCUUCCCUCCACACUUGGAAAAGCACACACUGGCUGUGAUUGGCCUCAUCCAACCUGUAGGAGCCAUUAUACCUGUAUCUGAGCUCCAAGUUCGCUGGGCCACAAGAAUUUUCAAGGGCCUGAACAAGUUACCUUCAGAUAAUGAAAUGAUGGCUGAUAUUGUUAAGAAGAUCCAGUAUAAUGAAAAACGGUAUGCAGCAAGCCACAAUAAUUCCUUAGUAGUGCAGUAUAUUGAUUACAUGGAUGAACUGGCCUCCUUAUUAGGAGUCAAGCCCAACCUGCUGAGUCUUCUUCUGACAGAUCCAAAGCUGGCCUGGGAAGUAUACUUUGGGCCCUGUACACCUACCCAGUUCCGUCUGACCGGCCCUGGGAAGUGGGAGGGAGCCAGAAACACCAUCUUAACCCAGGAAGAAAGGAUUGUCAAGGCUACAAAGACACGGCCCCUGCAGUCUUGUACAGACACCAAAGUAACUGCGACUUCUUCUUUCUUCAUUAAAGCACUCACCUGUUUGGGACUCCUCACUGUCAUCUUAAGUUAUCUGUAAUUUGAUCUUGUCACAGCCUGAAAACUGCUUCUUCUCCUGCAAAUGAACUCAAUUUGAGAGGCCUUUUCCCUGUGCAAAAUGAGAAUUGUAAGGAGCACAUCUAUGAUCUGAAAGGUUCUCCUUGUUUUCUAGUUUUUGUGUCCAACAUAUAUUAGUUAUGGCAAGCCAUUUGUCAUUAUCCCCGAAAAAUGUUAUUUGGCUUGCAAGCUGAGUAUAAUCUGGAGUGUGUCUGCAUAUAGGGCAGAUUUUAGAUAUUUCAACCUGAAAUUCCAAACUAGCAAUAUUUAUGCUGAAAUCUUUUGUAGACUGCAUUACUUCUAAUAUGUCAAUAAUGGCUUGUUAAAAAAUUGGAACAUAAUUAAAUAUAAAGAAUUUCCCCAUUUGUUUCAUCCUCCCUACACCUCUGCUUCAUUAAUAUCUCUGCAGCUUGUACUAUUUUUAAUAACUACGGUCUUAUAUAUGAAAUGCCUACUUUUAUAUCAUUGUUCUUUGUCUGGGGUCCUAUCUAGUUCUCUAAACUCCAAUUCAGUAAACUUAGAAUGUAAUGGACAAAAUCUGAAUUUUAGGCAAUAAUGCACUUAACCCCCAAGCAAUUACUGUAAAAAAAAAAAAAAAUCCUCUGUUUGGUGACUCAGCCUGGAUAAUGUUUAUACAUUUUAUGUACAUCCUUCUUUUUUUUUUUUUUACAUUCUGUGUACAUGAU